UAAACUUCUCCGGUAUCCCCUUUCGCGAGUUCCGUUUCCAGGCAUUUCUUUAGCGCUCCGUCGCUCAGUCGUAUUGAGGAUGAAUCAUCACCGGCGUAAUAAGACCAGAGAGUUCUCGACGGCGAUAGGCGUCGUACCGGGGCCGCGUAAGGGUGUAUUUCGUAACAGUAUUGAUAGUCACUGUUCAGAAGGUGAGGGAAUUGCUAUCUGCACUCAACUUUUUUUUUACGUUAUGUAAUCACUAAUCACUUAAUCAGUAAUAAAGGCGCCCAUCAAUACACCAUGGUGCAUUUUCCUGAACAAAUUUUAUCAUUUUCAAAGUAAUCUUAAAGUACAACUAAAAUUUCAAAGUAAGCAAGUAAGUAAGUCUGUCUGACAACAGACAGACGGACAGAGAUGAAAAUUGGAAACUGGUGUGUUUUCGUAAUUCACGUAUUCUAAUAAAUAAGUAGGUGGAUUACCUACAUGAAGUCAGACAUUCAUUAAACUGAUCGUAUCACAGUACACUUUCCUUACUUAUUAUUCGAAAUGUAUAUAUAGUUUCAGUAGGAAAAACUUCGUGACAAUUUGUAAACAGUUGCCUUAUUUUUAUUUAUAUAAGGUACUAUGUACAUAAUAUUAGUGUUGAUCGUUGGUUAAAUACCUAUAGCUUUUUGUGCCUUUUAUUGUAAAUAGUGGUUUAUUAUUACCGCUUAUUAUUAUAAAUUGGAUGAUCGUGGACCGAUAAUCGGAUGGUGAGAGUCGAGUAUUAGGAGAUAAACAUGUUUCGGAAAAAGGAUCAGAAUACCACCGUGGAUCAGAGUAACAGCUACUGCAUAAAUAAUUGUAUUAGGAGAAAUAAUUAUUUGAUUUAAUAAGUAAUAAUAAUUCUGUAUACCCAAUGAUACGGUGUUGAUUUGUUUAUUCGAGUGUGACAGUUACGUUACGUACAUACAUAACGACUACGGAAAACGAAAAAGGGUAACUACUGCCUUCCGCGAAUUGUGAACAUCCCCUAACACCACCUAACACUGUUUUGGAAACGACACCAAAAGCACUUACACCAAGGUAGCUUUAUUGGUUUUAAUUUAAUUAUUGAAUUAACAACUGCGAAAAAAUACUUUGUAACUCAAGAAACAUGAUGAAUAGGCUUAAAUAAAUAGUUUGUGACGGGUGUUUUAGGAUCACGCAAUGUAGGACAUUAUUAGUUUAGUUUAGUUUGUUGUUGAAAUAGCAGUAACGAUUGUUAUCUACGUAAACAUUUGACGAUGCCACCAAAGAAGAAGCGUGGGGGACAAAAUCAAGUCACUUUUGUAGUGAGUAAAAUGUCAACUAGAUCUGGUAAAAAGACCAGUGCAAGCAUAGAAAAGAGUAAGAUAAUCACAAAAGUAACACCAAUGCCUAAAUCGGCCCCGAAGACAUCAGCAAAAAAAGCGAAAUCUGCUGCUAAGUCUAGAGCUAAGAAAAGUGUACCAAAAAAGCAAAAGAAUGAGGUUAAGUCCUCAGACUCGAUUCAUGUUAACAAUCCUGAAAUUGAAGAAAUGCUCUCUGAAUUUGAAAGAGAUGAUGACACGCCGAGAACGGAACCAAUUGAACAAGUAUUUCUGAAAAUGGAAGAUGGAUAUAUGGAUGCAACGGAUGUAGAAAACUCAGAAACUGAAGCUUGUGAAAUUACCGAACAAUUAGAGAAUCUUAAUGUAGAAGAGUGUUCAUUUAGCGUUGGCGUGGAGUGUGUAGAUGAAUCAAACAUUAAUGAAAGUACUGCUGAAGAAAAUUUAGAAGAGGAAGUUGUAGAAAUUGAUGCUUGUGAGGAUUUUGCUGUUGAAUAUAUCACAGAGGAGUUUGUACCAGUUGUCGAAAAUACAGAAGUCAUAAUUGAUGAUGAAAGCCAAACAAGUAUUAUUUUGGAUAAAGAUGCGUGUGAAAAUGAAAAGAGUGAGGAGGGUGGUGUAAAUGCAGUAAAACAAGAUGAAGAAAAAAUCAAAGAGAUUGAUGGAGAACCUAUGCAAGAAGAGAUGACCAUGGAAGAAGUAAAAACUGAUGAUGAAAAAGAUGUAAAAUUAGAAAACACACAAGAGCAAUAUCCUGAGGAAGUUGAUAAACCAGAAAUUGCAAAAUCUAAAAAGAAGCCCAUCAAAAAGGACAAAGAAACUAAAAAGAAUCCACCAAAAAAGAAACCAAAACCUAAACAGCCCCUUAAAAAGGAACCCAGUGCUAAAACAGAAGAAGUACGUCGUUCUAGUAGGAUCAAGUCAAUUAGUGAUUCAAAGCAACGGUCUAAAGGUCACGGUUUAGUUAAGUCAGUGAAAACUAUAUCAGAACCAGAAACUAUAGAAACUGCAAAUGCAUCAAAUCCUGAUAAUGAAAAAUCUUCAGAUUCUACAACCACAUCUUCUACUAAUGAAAUCGAUAACAAACCAGUUAAAGUGAAGUCGCGCUGGAGGCGUUCGAGUGAGUUGGAGAUGAAUGUUUUAACUCCUGCUGCAGUAGUACUGGAAACUUGUGGAGACAGUGAAAAAAUUGCUGAGGCUAAUAAUAUGUUAGAAAAUAAACAGAAAGUAGCAAAUGUUGACGAAGAAGUUGAAACCCGCUUGAAACAAUUUGUACAUUUAAAGGAAAAUCUUUAUUUAACUGAUCGAAUGGGCUGCAAAGAAGCAAAGAAAAUGACAUGUGACUGUUUUCUAACACCAGAAGAUACUGAAAAAGGUGAAUGGGGAUGUGGUGAAGAUUGCUUAAACCGAUUGUUGAUGAUUGAAUGUGGAAAUUUAUGCCCUGUUGGAGACAGAUGUACCAAUAAGAAAUUUCAGAAGUCACAAUUUGCUCCAGUUGAAGUUUUUAAAACAGAAAAGAAGGGGUUGGGGUUACGAGCUGCAGCUAACAUUCCAUAUGGCGAAUUCAUCUUAGAGUAUGUAGGAGAAGUACUAGACCACGAUGAAUUUGAUGCACGUGCUGAUGAUUACUCAAAUGACAAAAAUAAGCACUAUUACUUCAUGUCUUUACGUGCCGACGCUAUCAUAGAUGCAACAAUGAAGGGAAACAUAUCUCGUUUCAUCAAUCAUUCUUGCGAUCCAAAUGCAGAAACACAAAAGUGGACAGUUAAUGGUGAAUUAAGAAUAGGGUUUUUCAGUACGAGAACAAUUUUAGCUGGUGAAGAAAUUACUUUCGAUUAUAGAUUUCAGCGCUAUGGAAAAGAAGCUCAAAAAUGUUACUGUGAAGCUUCAAUAUGUCGUGGUUGGUUAGGUGAAGAACCAGAUGAUGAAGACGACGAAGAUGAGGAAGAAGAAGAAGAAGAAGAGGAGGAGGAGGAGGAAGUGGAAGCUGAAGAAACCGAAAUACCUGUUAAAGAAAAAAUUGAAGAAAAGCCGGAGGAGACGGUUGAGAGGCUAGAGACGGAAGUUAAGCAACCUGAAGAGGUGGUGGAAAUUCGAAAGAGCCCAGAAAAAGAAAAGAAAAAACGAUCACCAAGAAAGAAACCGAGAAAGGAUCUGUUUGAAGAUUUAGAUCAAUUGGUUGAAGAAAUUGAAAUGUUGGUAACAACAGGACUCAAAAAUCAGGCCCAUACUUUGAAAUUGAGCAGAUUAAUGGUAAGAGCAAAAGAACCAGCUCAAAGAGCGAAACUGCUGAGAGUACUUAGACGGGGAGAAUUGCCCUGCAGACGAUUGUUUUUGGAUUACCAUGGAUUGAGAUUAAUGCAUGGUUAUAUGACUGACGCACAAGAUUUGGCGAAAAACGACAAAAAAUUCGAAUCUCUGAGAUUAGAAUUAUUGCAAACGUUAGCCACACUUCCUAUUCCUAAUAAGACGAUGCUACAAGAUAGUAAAGUUUUACCAACAGUUGAAAAAUGGUCUUCCGUUAAAGGAGUUGAUCUAGAUUCUGACAGUUCCUCCCCUCAAACCGAUCAAGAUCCCAGUCAGACUCCUACAGAUGAAGACAAAAAAGACAGUCUCAUGAAAGAACUGCAGACACAAGAUGAAACAAAGAAGGAAAUUAAAACUGAAGAUGAAACAGAAAUAAGAAAGUCUGCGGGAAUGGAUUUUAAAGGCAACGCGAAUAGUAGCGGUUUUUCAAAUACUCGUGGUAAAGAAUUAGCAGAUGAAAUUUCUGGUUCAUUUCAAGAAGACAUGGACGAAUCUCCUAUUCCUGUAGAUAGUAAAUCAGCUAAGCCAGUUUCGGAAACGAAAACACCCGUAGAUGAAUUAAACUACGAAGAAGAAAUAACAGCAUUGGCUUUAAAGUUAUUGGAGGAGUGGUCAAAUUUAAAAGAAGUAUUCAAGAUACCAAAGAAAGAAAGAAUUGAACAGAUGAAAGAGCACGAACGGGAAGCAAAUCGUGGUUACAUCGCCGGGUUAGGUUUGGAACAAGAUGCUGAAAAGAAGAGUGAAAGCCGUUACCGUAUUUUAAAACGCUAUAGAUCUCUUGAUAAAAACGAUAAUUCCAUGAUGCGGAAAAAUAUAAAAUUAGAGGACAGGAAUAUGGCGAAUUUUCCCAAGCUAGGAAAAAUAGAAAGAAGAAAAAUGUUUGCUUUACAAGUAGAACAAAGGGAAGAAGAGAGGAGAAGAAAACAGAGAGAAAUGUGGAGACAACAUGAGCAGCAUUGCAUUCUUUUGGGUACUGAUCCACGAUUGACAGCACCGUUUGAUCCAAAUAGAGGUUACCAGUGUAUAUGGAAUCCGCAAAUUGGACAAUGGCAGAACUAUCCAAUUCAAAAUCCUAAUCUUAUUUUUAAUGCACAAAACCCACAAGUUUUAUCAGGAUUGAAUAUGCAAGCAAAUAAUCCAAAUUUUUCGUAUUUGCAAACGAACAUACAUGGUCCUGGAAUGAUUCCAGGUACAGUAAAUCCAAUGCAUCCAUUACCCAGUCUUCCAUAUCAGGAAGAAUUAAAAAAAGAAGAGGAUUAUUCCCAAGUCAAGUUUAUGGGGCCUAUACCGCCACCCGUAAAGUUGCCACCAAAAUGGAAAUCUGCGAAAGACAAAUAUGGUAGGCCAUAUUAUUAUCAUAUUAAAAUACGAAAGAGCCAGUGGGAACCACCUCCACUUGCACAGCCACAAGAGGAACUGGAUGAUACGAGUGAGACUACAUCAAGUUCAGAUACAAGUAGUUUAAGUUCAGAUACAACCUCUGAUGAAUCUGAUAGUGAUGACGAGGUAGAUGAUGCGAAAUUACUACAAGAAGUGAGAAAACAGAUGGAAAAACAGGUCAAAAUUUCAUUUCCAAAGACAACAUCAACACAAGCUAAAACGGAAGAAGUAGAGGCGAGUCCUGUGCAGGAAGAAAAGGAAAGUAAAGAUGAUAAAAUAGAAGUCGAUGAUGAUUGUGACAGUAAUGAUCAAAAAGAAAGUAUAUCUUCUGUUGACGCAAGAUUAAAAGAUAUUUUGAAGGAUGAGAAAAGUCAGUCAUCUAGUAAAAAACGAAGAGUUGGUUUGGUACAUGAGAUUAUUAUUAGUCCUAGGACAGAAGAAGAUAGGUUACAGUUUAGAGAAGAUUUGAAACGUUAUAAAAUGAAUAAAGAAAAAAUAAAGAAAGAAAAAGAAAUGAUUUUGCAACAAGGAAAGAAACAUGCUAAAGAUAAGCGUCAUAAAAGUACAAUAAAACUGAAAAUGAAAGAAAUGACUGAUAAUAAUACUGAAACUGCCAAAAAAAUUAAAGAAGCCUUUAGAUCUACCAUGGCUACCGUUGUUGUUAGCGUUCUUAAUGCUUACAGAAAACCAGAUUGUAAAGAAGGGCGAAUCACUAAUACGGAUGAUUUUAAACAUUUAGCAAGAAAGUUAACUCAUUUUGUUAUGCUGAAGGAAAUGAAACAUAUAGAGAAAAUUGAGGAUUUAGUGUGUACAGAUAAUGUUAAGGCUAAAGCAAGGGAGUAUAUACGAAAAUAUAUGAGUAAAUUUGGAGAAAAUUAUCAAAAGCGAAAUGAUGAACCAGACUUUUAAUUGUUUAUAACUAAUUGUAAUAUUUGUCUGUGAUAAAGUCAUUAGUAUCACUUCAUUUGUUUCAGAGUGUGUCGUGUGUUUAAUGCGUAAUUCUCAUAAUUUUCGUGACGUGUUAUAUUAAAUAACAUGGGUUAUUGAUGUACAAGCUGUGUAAUUUAUACAUUGAAAAAUAAAAUUGUGAUUAUGAUUGUGACUAA